AUGAUACGAUCGAUUACAUCCCAUCUUAGAAGAGCAACUCAUCUAAACUAGACCUUAAAAUACAUGCCAUAGUAUCUCUUAUCUGAGAACGUCAAGGAAAAGUAAUUAAGAGAAAAUGACAUGCUUUGGAUUGCAGCUAAUGCAGAGUAAUCAAAUGUUCAAUAUUUAUUAGUGACAAAAGGUGCUCUAUCAUCGAGAUUCAAAAAUUCAUAUAAGAAGAACCUAUGCUUGAAUAAUCUCCUAUAAGACUCAUGGAUUUAGGAAAUAAUUACUUUCGACAUAUCAAUCCCAGAAAAAAAAAGACUAUGCUUUAACUCUUAGAUGCCUAUGUUGAUAACUUGACUCAAGAAGAAGCUUAAUUAUUCUAAGAUGCCUUGUCCAUCUACUUUGAUAAUACUUAUUAAGGGAAAGACAUGGAGGCCUUGAGUUGUGAAGAAAAGGAUUUGCCAGAACCAUUAUUGUGGCACAUCUAUAGCUUAAUGAUAUUUGAUAGAUUGAGUAGUCAUUAUGCUCGAUAUGAAUAUCUUGACUAAUUCAGAAUUAUCGAAUAUUUUAAUCAACGAGAUAAAGUACUAAUAUAUUUAUAUAUAAAAUUUUAGUCUAAAAUCAAUCGAGUGAAGUAUGUAUUUACUUCUCAUCCAACUUAACCAAAUUCAUUGACUUAGUUGAUUGCUAUAAGUAGAAUGCUACAAGGGAUUGAAUAAAAUGAUUACAAGUAUCUUAAGUAUGCUGCUAAGUUAUUUAUUUAAUCCAAUAAAUAACGAGUUUUUAAUGUAAUCAUCCACCUUUAUAUAUUAUAGAAAGUGUCUUACAUUGAGGAAUCAUUAAUUUAUCAUACCUAAUAUUUACCUAAUCUUAUUAAGGCUGUAGCUCAAGCUUAUGAAUUAGGUUUGUAGCACCCUGAAGAAUAUUUUGAGACUCCAGGUACUUGGUUGACAUUUGAUUUCGAUAAUCAUCCAGGAAUGGUAAGCAUUUUAUAUAUAUUUCUUAGGAAAUUGGUAUUAUGACUUAUACACAUGGUUUGACAAUUGACUUAACCUUAUAAUAAUAUAAAGAAUACAUUUCUGAAGCAAAAUUAGACGAGAAUGAAGAUUUUAAACAAAUUUUAGAAUUAUAUUAAUAAGCUUUAGAAUAUAGUAAAAGCUUAAGGGAUUUAAGUGAUAAAUUUAGAGUUAAGAAAGAGAUAUCCCUUGAAGAAUUCUAUUAAUAAAUGCCUAUCUUUAAUAUCAAAAAAAUAGAGGAUUAAAUUAAUCAAAUUCUUGAUCACAUUCUGACAAAGAAUGAUGAUUCUAAAGACUAUUUUAUAGCAUUAAAAUUGAAAAAACUUUAUUCAAUUUUCAGAUUAACAGGAGUAUUGGGACAAAUUAGAUUAGCUGGUGAAGAUUUAACAGAUGUAUUAAUUCUUAUAUAUAUUUAAGAUUAAUAAAAUCAAACCGAUGAUUAAAAAUAUAUUCAAAGAAAUUUCUCUUUUAAAUGCCAAUGGAUAAGCAGCAGAUAUGGUUAUUAUUGCUAAUUUCUAAACUUAAUCAUAAUAUGAUUUAGUGAAUGAUCUUAUCAAUCUAUAUAAGGUUUAGAAUGUAGAAAUAGUACCUUUGUUAGAAACCUUUUCAUCAACAAAUAAUACUGAUUCUAAAAUAACUAUGAUUGCAAGUAGUGACACACGAUAAAGAGAUGGAUUAAUCUUGACUGAACUUAGAAAUAUGAGAGAAUACAAAAGGAAUCCAGAAAAGUACAUUUACAUGGGGUAAGGUAUUACUCCAGAAAGAGGAGGUGGACCAUAUACUUUGAUCCAUACAAAAUAUUAAGCUUUAACUAGAGCACAACGAAAAAGACAUAUAAGAACAAUUUAAGGUCACUAUUUUACAUCAGAAUUUGCCAGUGAAGAUGUUGCUUUCACUUUUUUGUUAAAUGGAUUAGCCAAUAUUAAUUAUAGUGAUGAUUUCGAACCUACUUAUGAAUAUAUGGAUUUUUUGUUUGAAUUAGGUAAAUGAUAUGUAUAAAGUAGAUAAUGUAAUUGGAGUUCCUUAAAGAGCUAUGUAAAAGGCUAAGGAAUACAAUGACUUGUAUGUGAAAAAUUAAGUUGUCAGAACUAUGGUGGAGUCUUUCAAUUUUGCAGGAAGUAGAGAGAUUGCUAGACCCUUCGAAAGUAUAAAAAGUUAGAGAGCCAUCGUUCAAGCUUAUUGUAAUAGUGACAGAUGCUCCUUUACUCAUCCAGAAUUAGCUUAUUGGGAUAGAGUUCCAGAAGAAUUGAUCAACAAAAUUGCAACCUAUUAUUAUAAUAAUCAUCCUCAUAUGAAAUACAUGCUUUACAUGUAUGCUUUGAUGGCUAGAAGAUGUGAUUUAGAUUUUGCAAAACAAGAAGUAGGAUUGGACUCAACUAAUCCUUAUUUUUAAGCAAUUUAAAAGGGAAGAGCAGCCUUGAUGAAAAUUUUAGAUCAAUUAGGUCUUGGUGACAAUAGUACUCCAAUGAUUGCUAUUUGGAAAUAACAUUUAGGAUGUUAAUUAUAAUCAAUGAAUAUGGAAGUUAAUUAGAAAUUUUCAACAUUUAGAACUUUGAAUUAAUUACAAUUGUAUUAGGCAAAGAAAAUGGUCAAACAUGGAAUUUUAGAAACUGAUAUGGUUGCAAGUUAACGAAAAUUAAGAAUUUUACAAUCAACAUUAGCAAACAUGACAUCUUUUGCUGGUAAGGGCUGA